AUGGCUGACGCUAAUCCGCGCGACUCUUCGAUUCCCAACGUCAAGCACCCGGAAAUUGAAUCUGUGGCCCCAGAGCUAACGGCCUCGGCUCGGCCAUCUGAAAAACGGCCAGCUCCCAUCGAACGGCGGAGCUCGUCUUUUAUGAAAUUCGUCGCUUCAAUCCUAGGCUCCAAAAAUCCGAUCGCGCAUCCGGCGGACCCACACACCAACACCGUCUGGCUGCUCGAUAACACAGCAUACCAGCUUGUACCCGAGCCAGGAGAAGCAGAGCAGCCCGACCAACCAGCAUCAUGGCACGCCGAGUUUGUAGCUUGUAUCCUCGAGACAGAGGGUCGCAAGGAUGUAGGGAAGCUAGUCGCCUCGAUAGCCGACAACAUCGGACUAGAUGGUGAAACAGGCAUCGCCGACGAAGCAACGCAUCAGCGUAUCGUGGAUCGCAUCCAACCGUUCCUCGACACCGUUUCACCUGGUCGAACGGUCACGCUACAGCUUGACAUAGCCGGCGAAGAACAGACGCAUGAACUGGGCCCUUCAGACCGGAACGGGAUAAUCAGCCAGACCAUCGAGCUCGGGGUACCACACAUCUCAGAUGGAACGGUGGUACGACCUCGCUUGGGCAACUUCGGAAAUAGCAUGGCAGCCAUGGAAACACGUUUCGCCGCACCGGAAGGUUGGUUGGUUGUUUCCGAUAUUGAUGACACCAUCAAACGGACCAUGACCGUCGAUCCAACAGGUAUCCUCCGGACAACUUUCACCGAAGAACCUGUCCCGAUUGUCGGCAUGCCGGAAUUCUACCACCAUGUACAUGAGGAGCUAAACCCGACUUGGUUUUAUCUCUCUGCGUCGCCUCACAAUCUCUAUCCGUUCCUGCACAGCUUCCUACAUGAGUACUACAUUCCCGGUACGCUCGUGCUGCGCGAGUACUCUUUCUUCGACAUCAGUGGCUUGAUCAAGUCACUCACGGAGCGGACGCAGGAGUACAAGGUUGAUCGGAUGGAAAAGAUUAGACGCUGGUUCCCAGCGCGGAGAGUACUUUGUAUUGGGGAUUCAACGCAGAGUGAUCCCGAGGCGUAUGCGGAGAUGUACCGGAGGUAUCCUACUUGGAUUCAUGCUAUUGCUAUCCGCAAGGUUACGGGUGUGGCGAAUAUGGAGGUGAAGAACAAGGAUGAGAGGUUUGAGGAGGCGUUUAAGGACAUUCCGACUUCGAUUUGGACGGUUUUUGAGGACCCCGUUGAGCUUUAUGGCUUUGUAGACGGGUUGGGAAUGGAAGACCUGGUGUUGUAA